GAUGUACGCAGAUGUACGCAAAUAUUUCUUCCCCCCAGCCCUACUUCCUCACUUCUCACAGAAAUGGCGGCUGAAAAAGACGACGAAAUCGACACAAUCCUCCUUUCCAUCCUUUACUCAGAUCAAGAUCGUCACCAUGUAGAACAAAACACCAAACCAUCACAUGUCGCAGAAGCCUCUCCCGCUCCGCCGCCUCAUUUGGAUCAUCGCCACCACCUAACCUCCAUCAAUGCCGCAAUCGUCACCCGUGAACUCCCUUCUCAAGGCCUCUCCUUCCAGCUCUGGCCCGCCGCCACUUCCUUUUUAUCCCUCCUCGAUCGAGACCCCUCCCCCCUUCUUCUCCCUCCCCGCUCCCCUCUCCGCAUCCUCGAGCUUGGCUCCGGAACCGGCCUCGUCGGAAUCGCCGCCGCCGCCAUCCUCCGUGCCCACGUAACCCUAACCGACCUUCCCCACGUCCUCCCCAAUCUUCGCUUUAACGCGAUCGCGAACGCCGAGGUGGUCACCGCACGCGGCGGAUCCCUUGUCGUACGUCAGCUCCGUUGGGGUGUCGCGGAAGAUAUCGUCGAGAUGGGAUCGGCGCCUGCCUUUGAUGCAAUAAUCGCGUCGGAUGUGGUGUACUAUGACCAUCUUAUUGAGCCGCUAUUGGAAACAAUUAGGGUUUUUGUGAAGGAGGAGGUGGGGUUUUUGAUGGCGCAUCUGAGAAGAUGGAAGAAAAGAGAUGCAGUGUUCUUCCGCAACGCGAGAAAGUUCCUUGACGUGUUGCGGGUGCAUACUGAUCCACCGGCUACUGGCUCGCGAACAGGCGUCAACAUCUACCGUUUUACGUCGAGGAGAAGAUCACGGGAGGCUUCGUAGUUCUGACUUCCAUUCACUUUGUUCCAUUUACGUCGGGUACUGAGAAUCAAACCUUCCAAAAAGCUUCAAAGAUUUUCGGAGGAUUGUACAAGAAUGCCAUAGCAAGCCGUUCCGGAUAAUG